AUCCUGAUCCUGUGUCUUUUGUUCGUCGUACUUCAUGAAAGUAUCCAUAUCCUCGGACGUCGUAUCCAUUCUAGAGAGAGCAUGUUUCGACUCCUUUUUACCAAAAAUUGUGGGCAGCACUGUUUCAUAGAAGCGCCUCCUGCUAGAUCCGCUAAGCGGCAGUGUGUAAUUCAGGGCAGCCAUCUAAAAUUAGGUUCCCGUUAUCAUUUAUACCUCCAACGAAUUAAACCAACUGACAAGAAGAGUAUUAAGAUACAUGGCGAGCACAAUCAUAUAGGUGCAAGCAUAUGCUCGAAACGUCAUGGCAACAUCCCAUCUAGGUGGCUCUUCACUCUGAAAACGUGA